AUGAUGUUGAUAAAAUUGACCAGUUUACUCAAAAAUAUGAUAAAAAUAAACAAACACUUGCAAUCAUUUCAAAGUGUAUGCGAAGACGACAAACUCAUACUUAUUAGGGAUUCUUGCGUUGAGUUCCUAUAUCUGAGAUCUGCACUCGUUUUUGACUACGAAAAUGGUUGCCUCACUAUUCCCAUAACCGAGAAUGAGUCGAUUAGCGUACAUUUGGAUGUCAUUAAGCUGGCCCCGCACAAUGUGUAUACCCCGCUCAAAAAUCUUUUAAACACGUUUAAGUCGGAUUCCUAUUUUGAUACCAUUGUCAUUGAGCUGAUGAGAGCCAUAUUACUCUUUAACCCCAAUCAUCCCAACCUAUCGCACAGGGAUGUCGUGAAGUAA